UUCAGAUCUCUUUUGGGCUUGGCACGUGGAAGCGGAGGACGGAGUGAGUGUGGAGAAGAAGAGAGAAGUCUCGCGUGCGUGUGUGGAUGGUGUAAACGUUCUCGGUGGAUGUACUGAAGGGGGCAGCUCAAUGUUUUACUCAAGAUACCGAUGACUAACAGGACAACCUCAUUGAUGAGUACGAGGGAGCAGAUGAGAGUGGAGUGAUCGGCACACUCUUGGCCCUGCCGACCUUUCCAUCAAUCAAAAGAUCCAGCUGGAGCAGAGCGACGCCCGCUGCGUCCGGCUCUCCACAGUCCCACCAUUUCCUGCUUGUGUUGGUUCCCGUAGCGUUUCAAAACUGUUUCUCCAACGCUUUUUCCAGAAACUCAGACUGUUUUCCAAAGCAGAAGCAGCACAGGCCUCCCAGACUGAGGUGAUGGGAAGUGUGCGGGCCAACCGCUACAGCAUUGUGUCAUCAGAGGAGGACGGAAUGAAGUUGGCCACUAUGGCAGUACCAAACGGCUACGGGAACGGGAAGAGUAAGGUGCACACUCGGCACCAGCCCCAGAGCAGGUUCGUCAAGAAGGACGGACACUGCAACGUGCAGUUCAUCAACGUCAGUGAGAAGGGUCAGCGGUACUUGGCCGACAUAUUUACCACCUGCGUGGACAUUCGCUGGCGCUGGAUGUUUGUCAUCUUCUGCUUGGCUUUCCUUCUCUCGUGGCUGUUCUUCGGAUGUAUCUUCUGGCUGGUGGCCAUCUUCCACGGAGACCUUGAAAACAAGAGCCCAAAAUGCGUUUCGAAUGUGAGCACCUUCACCGCAGCUUUUCUCUUCUCUAUUGAGACUCAGACCACCAUUGGCUAUGGCUACCGCUAUGUGACGGACGAGUGUCCCAUUGCCGUCUUCAUGGUGGUAUUCCAGAGCAUCGUGGGCUGCAUUAUUGACGCUUUCAUCAUUGGUGCUGUCAUGGCUAAGAUGGCUAAGCCCAAGAAGCGUAACGAGACACUGGUGUUCAGCCACAAUGCUACUGUGGCCAUGAGGGACAAUAAGCUGUGUCUGAUGUGGAGGGUAGGGAACCUACGCAAGAGCCACCUGGUGGAGGCCCACGUUCGGGCGCAGCUCCUGAAAUCUCGUACCACUGCAGAGGGAGAAUUCAUCCCUCUCGACCAAAUGGACAUUGACGUGGGCUUCGACAGUGGCAUCGACCGAAUCUUCCUGGUUUCUCCCAUCACCAUUGUCCACGAGAUUGAUGAGGACAGUCCCUUCUAUGACAUGAGCAAGCAAGACCUGGACAGCUCGGAGUUUGAGAUUGUGGUGAUCCUGGAAGGCAUGGUGGAAGCCACGGCAAUGACCACCCAGUGUCGUAGCUCAUACCUGGCCAGCGAGAUCCUCUGGGGCCACCGCUUCGAGCCUGUCCUGUUUGAGGAGAAGAACUACUACAAAGUAGACUAUUCUCGCUUUCACAAGACGUAUGAAGUGCCCAGCACCCCCCUGUGCAGCGCGAGGGAACUUGCAGAGAAAAAAUACAUCCUUUCCAACCCCAACUCUUUCUGUUACGAGAACGAGGUGGUGCUUCCGAACAAAGAGGAGAAGGAGGAAGGGGACGGGGGUGGACUUGGGCCCGUGAACACACACACUGACACUGGCUCGGACUCUGACCACAAUCAGGCCAGCGUCCCCCUAGAGCCACGGCCGCUGAGGCGAGAAUCGGAAAUAUGACUGCUCCGACCUCACGGGAAGGUCUAGCAGAUGCCUCUCGGUCGAAUAGGCAUGUAGACUUGAACUGAGGCCUGUAGGGGAUGCAGACUUAAGCUGACGGUACAGCUGUGAAGAGGGGUUAAUAGACGAACUGAACAAGAGUGUUCUUACGAAUAUGCAUGGUUUAAAAAUACAGAAUAAGACAAAAAAAAAAUCACAGACUAGUGGCAUUGCACUGUAAGAGGAGUGCACGUAAAGAGGAGGGAGGGGGUUAUUCAAUUAUGCAACACUACCUUUCAGACUGUUGAUUCUGUAUGUCACAAAGUGGAGAGGAUGUAACUGCUAUGCAAAACUUGAAAACAUCAGGCAUGUCCUCCUGUGCAUUUGUCCACACUUGCAUUAAUUCUUUUAAAUCUGUUGUGGUGGCCAGGUUUAUAAUCUAGAUGAAACUCAAUGCUUGAAUGAAGUUCUGAUGUCAAGUUUAUAACUUUUCCCAGUUGUUUCCACAGUAGAAAAUGGUUACAGAACAACUUUGCUAGCCAAACAAUGCUUACUUACCUAAAGGUAAAGUUA